AUGGAACGCGUAGGAUUUUCAAAGCUCGGCCUGGUUACCCUCUUUGUCGUCUGUCUGCUUGCGCUGCAGUCCGUAUGCGCCGAGGUGAGCUAUUCUAUACCAGAAGAGAUGAAACCAGGAACAGUCAUUGGAAAUAUAGCCAAAGAUCUCGGUCUGGAUAUAACUACCCUGUCGAGUCGCAAGGCCCGCAUUGAUUCCGAAGGGAAUAACGAACGAUUUUGUGUUAUGAAUUUGAAGACUGGAGAUCUGAGUGUUACUGAGCGGCUUGACAGAGAGAGUCUUUGUGGCACCAAACCAUCGUGCAUUUUAAUCCAAGAUCUUGUACUCGAGAAUCCAUUGGAAUUAUAUCGUAUAAAUUUCCAUAUUCAGGAUAUAAAUGACAACUCUCCACAAUUUAAACGGGAUUCGAUUCGAAUGGAGAUACGGGAGUCCGCAGAAAAGGGCACUCGUUUCUUAAUAGAGGAGGCACAUGACGCGGACAUUGGCCAAAACUCUGUCCAGAGAUACAUCCUACAAAAGAAUGAACAUUUUAUUCUUAUGACUGAUGCCAACAAAGUUGAACUUGUUCUCGAGAAUAAGCUUGAUCGAGAGAGGCAGCAAGAGAUUGAUUUGCCUCUAACAGCUGUUGAUGGUGGUUCACCACAGAAAUCAGGAACUGUAAUGAUACAUGUCACUGUGCUGGAUGCUAAUGAUAACGCCCCGGUGUUCAGCCAGCCCGUUUAUAAAGCCAGUCUGCCUGAAAACUCUCCUCUUGAUACUGUCGUGGUCACAGUGAGCGCUACUGAUGCAGAUGAAGGAGUGAAUGGUGAUGUAACAUAUGACUUUGGCCACGUUUCCGAGACCGAUGAAAAGCUGUUUUCUAUUGAAAGCAAAACUGGAGAAAUUCGAGUGAUUGGUACCACGGACUUCGAGAAGAAAAAUUCAUUUGAACUGCGAGUCAUGGCAAAAGAUGGUUUGGGAUUAAGUUCUUACGCUAAAGUUUACAUAGACCUAACAGAUGUAAAUGAUAACGCCCCUCUAAUAUAUUUGAAAUCACUGACUAACCCCAUACCUGAGAACGUGUCACCUGGUACAGAGGUGGGCAUCAUCAACGUGCAGGACAGAGACUCUGAGAAUAACAGACAGGUCCGCUGCUCCAUUCAGCAAAAUGUCCCUUUUAAGUUGGUUCCUUCUAUUAAAAACUAUUAUUCUCUGGUGAGCACAGGACAACUGGACCGUGAAGUGGUGUCUGAUUACAACAUUACAAUCACUGCUACUGACGAGGGCUCUCCACCUCUGUCCUCCUCUAAAAGUGUCCAGUUAUCUGUAGCUGACAUCAACGACAACCCACCUGUGUUUGAGGAACAGUCGCACAGCGCAUAUGUGAGUGAGAAUAACAAACCUGGCUCCACUUUAUGUUCCGUUAGUGCUCGAGACCCCGACUGGAGACAAAACGGUACAGUGAUUUAUUCUCUGUUAUCUGGUGAGGUGAACGGUGCCCCGGUGUCCUCCUAUGUGUCAGUGAACGGAGACACGGGGGUGAUCCACGCUGUGAGGUCGUUUGAUUAUGAACAGUUCAGGAGCUUUAAAGUCCAGGUGAUGGCCAGAGACAACGGUUCUCCUCCGCUGAGCAGCAACGUGACCGUCAGUGUGUUCAUAUCGGAUGUGAACGACAACUCUCCUCAGAUACUGUACCCCGCCCCGGAGGGCAACUCCUUCAUGACCGAGCUGGUCCCCAAAGCUGCACACGGAGGUUCUCUGGUGUCCAAAGUGAUAGCGGUGGACGCGGACUCCGGCCAGAACGCCUGGCUGUCCUAUCAUAUAGUCAAAUCGACUGAUCCGGGACUUUUCAGUAUUGGUGUCCACAGCGGAGAGAUCAGGACACAGCGGGACAUUUCUGAAUCUGACAGCAUGAAACAGAACCUUAUUGUGGCAGUGAAAGAUAACGGACAGCCCUCUCUGUCUGCCACCUGUUCCAUGUAUUUACUUAUUUCUGAUAACUUGGCUGAGGUGCCAGAGCUGAAGGAUAUUUCUUAUGAUGAGAAGAAUUCCAAACUGACCUCUUACCUGAUCAUCGCUCUGGUGUCAGUGUCCACCUUUUUCCUGACCUUCAUCAUCAUCAUCCUCGGUGUGAGGUUUUGUCGUAGGAGAAAGCCCAGACUGUUGUUUGACGGAGCAGUGGCCAUCCCCAGCGCUUAUCUCCCUCCUAAUUACGCAGAUGUUGACGGCACAGGAACUUUACGCAGCACGUACAAUUAUGACGCCUACCUGACAACAGGUUCUAGAACCAGUGACUUUAAAUUUGUGACUUCAUACAAUGACAACACACUGCCAGCUGACCAGACUCUGAGGAAAAGUCCAACAGACUUUGCUGAUGCAUUUCAAGAUUCUUUGGAGCCCCUGGAGGUAGGCGCAUGUUCACGUUUUAUGCGUAGUCAAAUCUCUUAA